AUGACAAACAAUCCUAACCCUGGCAAUUUUGCAAACCGUCCCAAGGAAGAAGUUCAAGAGAUCGCUCGCAAAGGUGGUCAAUCUAGCCACACCGGCGGUUUUGCUUCCAUGGAUCCCGCUAAGCAGCAUUCUAUUGCAUCUAAGGGCGGUCAAGCUUCCAGCGGAAAAUUCGAGCCUGGCAGCGAGAGAGCACGCGAAGCUGGUAGAAAAGGUGGCCAAGCUAGCCAUGGUGGUGGUUCGAAUAAGAUUGUUGACGAACCUACCGAGCAAUCGUCUGGUUAA